GCGCGUCUAUUUCCCGCUGAUGAUAACAACUAUCCCGACAGAUGGCCAUCGGCAUCCCUCAUCAUGAAUCAUCCCCCGAGUCCAGAUCGGCGCCAUCAAUUAUCACCGCCCAAAUGUGUAGCGAAGACACGGUAAGAAAUCACCUGAUAGAGGGGCGUCAGGCGUGCGCUCUCUCUCUCUCUCUUACCCUUCCUUCGCCUGUUCGCCGACUCUUCCUUUCCUGCCUGUUCAUUAGUUAUCACCUGGGUAGUUUUCAGUUAUCAGCAUUGGCGCUGCCUGAACCCUCCGCGCUGCCUGCCUGCCUGCCUGCCUGCCUACCGCCGCCGCACUGUUAUUAUUAUCACUCCAGGUAUUCCAAAGGUUAUCAUCAUUAUUGUAUUAUUAUCAUCAUGACUCAGAUACUGUUCUCCCGGGCACAGUUUUGUUCUCACGAGGCUCAGUCGCUCUGGCGCGUGUGUCUCGUCGGCCGCGUCCACCGUGGUCCUGUUGUCAUUAUUGCAGCAUCAUCAUCCACCGUACACGGCCCAGGCUGGGAUAUCGCGCACGUCCAGGACGGGAAAUGUGUUCGGUCUGAUGGUGUGACGCACUAGCCCUCGCCUCGACCAUCAUCAUCCCACCAGCGCGCACCGACGAGGUAACGAUAGUACUACUAAUAAUAAUGCAAACCGGUGACCACGACUUUCCUCACAAUCGACACAUCGUCAUAGGGACGUGUAAAAAUGUCAUUAGGCGAUGCUUCUAGCGGAAGAAAACCAUGAGUACCU